AAUAAAAUAAAAAUGUCUGAUUUUAAAGAAAGAGAUCAAAGUUAGUAGAGAGAGAAACAAAACAAACCCUCACCCUCUCCACUACCCAAAAUGUCAGAGAAGCCAAGUAACAGAGCUUAGAGAAGGAACAGAGAAGAGAAGAAGAGAAGAGCGAGAGAACCACCAACGAAAUUCACUCCCUCUUCUCCUCCUUCUUCUUCCUUCGAGUGUCGAUUAUCUCAUCCAUGAAUCCCAGCAAAACAGAAGAGGAUCUCUUCCAUCAUCUGGGCCCACCGGCCCAGAUCAUGACUCAAUCACAACCGUCCAUUCCCAACCCUCAAGAUGACGACCCUUCCUCCUCCUUCUCCCUCCCCGAAAUUGUGAUCUUCAGGUCUUCUUCCUCUUCCUCCUCGCGUUCUCACUCCUCCGCCGACGAAAACGACGACGUUUCCACUCGCCACACGACAAACCCUAAUUCCACCAAUUCGAACCAGAAUGGCCUCCCGCAGCACCAGCAGCCGCCUCCCUAUAUCACUCUGGAUGACCAUAUCUCCACCCAGUUCUACACCUUCAACACCGAAUCCCAUUCCCUCAUGAUUCGAUGCCUUUUGGAGCGCCGCCUUGCCACGCCGGCUGAGAUCCGAGAUGCCACUCCCGGAGCCGUUCUCAAGUCGUGGCGCGCCGUCUGGAAGGACCGGAACGAGGACACGGCUUACCUCACCGCCUGGAAGCGCAUCCAGGACAAGCUCACCGCCCAUGUCGACCAAAACGGUAGCGAAUUCCUCUGCUUCAAGAAUAAUACACAGCAAUUCGUUUCGCAUGUUAACCAGUGGCAAGAAAUUGUUAUGAGUUUUCAUGGUGAUACGGAUAUGAAGCACUUAGGGCUUAAGGAAACAAUUGAUAGAAUUAAGCAGGUCUGGACUGUAGGUGCUAAGUUUUAUGGCAUACCUGAAAGUUACAUUAGGGCUUGUGUUGCUGCCUGUCCUGUUUGCUCGUCCGUCUCUUCUGGUGGAACAGGGAGGAGUAAGCGCCGUAGGUUUGAGUAUACUGAGUCUUUUGAUGUGCCUGCGAAGGAGGUGCCCCAUCGGCUUCAGCAAUUGGCUGCAAAGCACAAGGUCGUGCUUUGCAUUAGGCAGAAGUACAUUAGAUAUAAGCCCUUUAUGGCCGAGGUCAAGGACUAUGCUUGUCAUAGGGCAGGUGAGCCGGUUGCCAAGAAGUCAAAAAUUUUUAAGAGGGAACCAUAUGCAUCUAAACGGUGUGGAUGUGGAUUUCGAAUUCGUGCCAUUGUGCCAAUUGCCAAUUAUAAUGAGAAGGACAAGACUUUUGUCUAUCAAGAAGAAGGGAUGGCUGUUUUCAAGUUAUAUGCUGUACACUCAGGUCACGAGCCAGGACCCUUGGAUGGAAAUGCAAGGAUUAUGCAUAGAGUUGUGGGGCAUAAAGGGGGCUUUUUGUUGGAUCAAGAUACUGUAUAUGGUGUGAGUGAGGAUAUGGAAAAUGAAGCGUUUGGGUUGAUUGGGAAGGAUGAAGGUAAUUUUCAUCUUUCAGUUUUGCAGCAGGUACAUGAAUUGAGAACUGAAGUUGGGUUCUUAGAAGCAAGGAUCGGAAAGAUACCACGUGAGUUAUUGGGCUCGGUAUCUCGGGAUUUAUACGAUAUUGUUAGUAGGGUUAGACGUAUUGGAGAGGAGAAUUUGAAGCCAAUCGGGUUGCUCCAAGAUAAGCCACAUCCUGAUGAUGUAUUGGUUGGGGAGGAUGAUUUGGCUCAUUGGAGUGAUCAUCACCAUGAGCGUAUAUAUGGGAACAGCAAGGAUGCUGAAUUGAUAGAUGACGAUGAAGACAGUUUUGAGCGAACUCUUGAGGAUGUUGUUUCUUGGGACCAGAUGAGGACAGAUUGUAGAAAUCAAAAAGAUUUAAUAGGCGAGUCUUGUAAGUCUGAGAAGUGGCUGAAAUGCAGUAAUUUUGAUGAGAAAAGCAUUCUUGAUUGUGAAGAUACAAAGCUAACCAAGCCCUUAAGACAUGAUGAGGCUUUAGUAGCAGAUGUAGGUCUUGUUGGCAUACAGGUCGAUAGUUUCUACCAAGAUAAUCCAAAAUGGUAUGAUUCUCCUUGUGGAUUGGACUCCAGUGCUGAUUGUGGAGAUGGUGGAUUCAGGCACGGAGAGAUUGUUUAGACUUUCUUGAAGAACUCGAUUAAGCCCUUCUAACAUAUGUGAGUUUAUAGCGGUGCCCCUUCUCAAGUUGGAUGUGGGUUGUACAUUUAUGUAUACAGAAGAUUGGAUCCUCUGACGUGCAUUUUAGGUUCCUUAAGCUGCGUGGUUCUGUAAAGUAUUAGCCCAAUUGGGCUUUUCUGCACAUUCUUUUUUCAUAACUACUUGUUAACCAGGUUUUUGUCAUUUAAAUUUUUAGAGCAGUCCUGACAAUGCCUUUCGGAAAGUAUUUUAUUCAACAUUUGUACUUUUGUUUGAGACUCUGAUAUGAAGUACUAGUGCAUAUUCGGUUUCACGUA